GUUGAUCCAAUUGCAACGAUCUUCAGUCGGCAUGGUACAGUAGAUCGCCUAAUAAUGGUCCACAUAUCAAAUCCAUUUGUGGUUGCAAACCUGUGCAGACUGUUGCAGAGUGGACCUGUUUUGAGUCAGGUUUAAUUCAAUUGAUAGGCGGUGGGGGGAGCUGGAUAAAAGGAAGGGAUAUUUUCUCUAUGACCUCCAUUCACAUUUCUUUUCGUAUCUUAUACAUUUCCUUCCUUCCUUCCUUCUUCAUUUUAAGAUGCAGUAUCUACUUGGAUUAUCUCUCCUUACACCUUUAGUUUUGGGGGCGGCUGUCAGUAGUCCUCGAGACGCUCGAAUUAAUGGGUUAACCACCGACGCGGCUGGCUUUGCUGAGCAGUCCUACAAUUAUGUCAUCGUUGGCGGAGGAACCGCAGGCUUGGUGUUGGCUGCGAGGUUGACGGAAAUGACCAAUGUAACAGUCGGCGUUAUUGAAGCAGGGUUUUUGAGGGUUGGUGACCCCAAGGUCGAUACUCCCGCAUUUAUCGGCCAAGGUUUACUCGACCCCGACUAUGACUGGAGCUUCCAGUCCGUGCCUCAGACUCAUGUAUCCCAAAGAAAUAUUGCCAUCAGUCGUGGCAAAAUGCUCGGCGGUUCUUCUGGCUUGAAUUUUAUGAUUUGGCAACACGGAUCCCAGCGCGAUUAUGAUUCCUGGGCCCAGCUCGGUAUUAGUAACGGAUGGGACUGGGAUGGCAUUUUGCCGUACAUUCUUAAGGCUGAGACCGUUACCCCUAGUCCUGUUGGGGCCCUUGGCUAUUCAGGUCGCGUCGGGACGAAUAACGACUUCGAAGGCCGCUCUGGUCCUCUGCCUAUCCAGUAUAAUAACUUCUACAGCCCCCUAGAGUCGCCGUACGCGCAAGCAUUGCAGGCCCUAGGCGUUCCAUUCAACCCUGAUCCUGAUGCUGGUAACUCAACAGGCUUGUUCAAUUCUGCAGCUUGUGUCGACGUAAAUACCGGAAACCGUACAUACUCUCCUGUCAGCUACUUCCUCCCCAACCAAGCUCGCACCAAUUUGGUUGUGCUCCAAGGCGCUCAGGUUACUAAAAUCAACCUGACACCUGGUAGUUCUGCAGUUGCAACUGGCGUGGAGUUUGUUGUUGAUGGAAUUACCUACAACGCCAAUGCGACAACCGAAGUGGUACUUAGCGCUGGAACUAUUCAAACCCCCCAGCUCCUCGAGCUCUCCGGUAUUGGCAACCCUACUAUCCUUGAGCAAUAUGGCAUCCCUCUCAUCAUUUCGAAUUCCGAUGUGGGUGAGAAUUACCAGGAUCAUACUCACGUUGUUUCCCAAUUCGAAGUGACCGAUCCGACAAUGCCUACCACAAAUCUGCUCAACACCAAUGCCACUUUCCAGCAGGAACAGGACGCACUCUAUCUCGAUGAUCAUACUGGAAUCUAUACUUACACCGCAUCGGACAUCUCAUUCCACCCAAUGCAACAAUUCUUUUCGCCUAUAGAGCUCGCCUCCUCGAUUGCCCAGCUUCAGAGUGAGAUAGCAGCGGCAAAUUUGAGCGAAUGGCAGACCAAACAAUUCCAAAUUCAACUCUCAGACCUGGAAGCUGGCACUGUCGGACAGAUGGAGCUCUUGUUCUUUGCCGGCGAUAUCGGCGGCGGUGCAGCCAGCGGGACGGAAUACGUUGAUAUUCUCAACUUCGGUUCUCGACACUUCAGUCGCGGUUCAGUUCACAUAGGCUCAGCGGACCCUCUUGCUGCUCCUCUUAUUGACCCCAAUUUCUUCCAAUUCACAAUUGACAAAGAAGUCGUUGUUAAAGGCACUCAGAUCGCCAGAAAUGUGACCCAAACUGCUCCUCUAUCCAGCUUUAUCAAGACUCCUAUCAAUCCCUCCACUAAUGUUACCUCCGAAGCCGACUUCGAGCAAUUCGUACUCGAGAACGUCGGAACUGAAUGGCAUCCUGUCGGUACUGCUUCCCUGGGGCCUCAAGGAGCUGGAGGUGUUGUCAACGACAAUCUGAUUGUAUAUGGAACCUCAAAUCUGCGCGUUGUUGACGCAAGCGUGAUACCUCUACAAAUUGCUUCCCACAUUCAAUCCACAGUUUAUGCUAUUGCCGAGAAGGCUGCUGAUAUUAUCAAAUCCGGGAAUUAAAUUUAACAACCCGCAACACUCAUUAAUCUUCGUUAUAUACAUAUCUAUCUAUUUUUUUUAGAAUUUCUCCUUCACAUUAUUUGUUACAUACGGAUUCUUUUUAUUAUAUCUUCUCUGUAAUCUUAAUCACGGUGCUCCUGGACAAACCAAUCGCUCUUUUUAUCUGUAUUUAUCAUUCUCUAUCCACAGCACAUAGAAUGGCGGAAGUGGUACUAGCCUGACUGUAAUCGUAGUGCUUAUCUUGAAUACUAUUUUGGUUUUUUGGAUUCGAUACAAGG